AUGUAUAGACAGGAGUUCCUCUCUCAGCUCCUGAGCACUGAGAACAUUGUGCAAGCGGACGGAGCGCAAGAAGAAUGCAUGAUCUGCAGCGAAGUCUACGGAACGAUGUCAACCGAAACCGGAAAAGUCGAGAGACAGAUUCGUCUGCCAUGCGAUACCAAACAUACCGUUGGUUCGGACUGUAUCGCGAAAUGGCUAGAGGAGCAUAACACGUGCCCUGUAUGUCGACAUGAGUUCUUUCCAGCGCGAGGUCCUUACUACGAUGACGAAGACGGAUGGCGUCGCUGGGUUGGCAAUCUUGAGCCCGACUCCGACUGGGAUUCCGAGGAGUACGAUAGCGAGGAUGCCCAAGAAGAAGAAUACGAUGCAGACCCAACAAGCAUCUACGGUGCCGAGCCGUUGAUUAAUCUCUGCCAUCUGCUCUGCAACGCCAUCGGCUUCGAAAGAGACAACCACCCCGUGAAGCGAGCCGCCGCCCUAGUGGUAUCGGGGAUCCUGCACCUGAGCAUUCUUCAAGAUGCUUCGCCCUUUAGCAACUUCAGCAUCGCAGCCGCGUGUGUGUACGCGGCCGGGCACCUGUGUGGUCGGAGAAGAGCGAUGUGGCGUAUAGUUCGGGUGUGGCCGAUUCGUGAGAGGAGCGUACGCGAUGUUUAUCGGAGGGUGAUAUAUGAGGAAAGUCAUACAAGGUGGAUUCGGCGAGAUUUAGUUGAACUGAUUCAUGCAACGAGUCGGAUGGAUGCGUGGAGGAUUCUCCCGGAACCGAAAGAGAUGAUCAGAAGGCGAUGA